AUAUCCUUGGAGCACUCGGAUAAUGUGACAGUUGGGAUGUAGUGAUGUCGACUCUCUGUCCUCCACCAUCUCCAGCUGUUGCCAAGACAGAGAUUGCUUUAAGUGGUGAAUCACCUUUAUUAGCUGCUACCUUUGCUUACUGGGACAAUAUCCUUGGUCCUAGAGUGAGACAUAUUUGGGCUCCAAAGACAGAACAGGUACUUCUCAGCGAUGGAGAAAUAACUUUUCUUGCCAACCACACCCUAAAUGGAGAAAUCCUCCGAAAUGCAGAGAGUGGGGCUAUAGAUGUAAAGUUUUUUGUCUUGUCUGAAAAGGGAGUAAUCAUUGUUUCAUUAAUCUUCGAUGGAAACUGGAAUGGCGAUAGGAGCACGUAUGGACUAUCAAUUAUACUUCCACAGACAGAACUUAGCUUCUACCUCCCGCUUCACAGAGUGUGUGUCGAUAGACUAACACACAUUAUCCGGAAAGGAAGGAUAUGGAUGCAUAAGGAAAGGCAAGAGAUUGUCCAGAAGAUAGUGCUAGAAGGCACAGAGAGAAUGGAAGAUCAGGGUCAGAGUAUUAUUCCAAUGCUUACUGGAGAAGUAAUUCCUGUAAUGGAACUGCUUUCAUCUAUGAAAUCACACAGUGUUCCUGAAGAAAUAGAUAUUGCUGAAACAGUUCUCAACGAUGAUGACAUUGGUGAUAGUUGUCAUGAAGGCUUUCUUCUCAAUGCCAUUAGCUCACACCUGCAAACCUGUGGCUGUUCUGUUGUAGUAGGUAGCAGUGCAGAGAAAGUAAAUAAGAUAGUAAAAACAUUAUGCCUUUUUCUGACUCCAGCAGAGAGAAAAUGCUCCAGAUUAUGUGAAGCAGAAUCAUCAUUUAAAUAUGAGUCAGGACUCUUUGUCCAAGGCCUGCUAAAGGAUUCCACUGGAAGCUUUGUGCUACCCUUCCGGCAAGUCAUGUAUGCUCCCUACCCCAGCACUCACAUAGACGUGGAUGUCAACACCGUCAAGCAGAUGCCGCCCUGUCACGAGCACAUCUACAAUCAGCGCAGGUACAUGCGAUCAGAGCUGACGGCAUUCUGGAGAGCCACUUCAGAGGAGGACAUGGCUCAGGACACGGUCAUCUACACCGACGAAAGCUUCACUCCCGAUUUGAUUAUGGAAAGUAGCAUUGUGCAGCCAUUUCAACAUUUGGACUAUUUUCUUCACAGGAAUAUUUUUCAAGAUGUCCUACACAGAGACACACUAGUAAAAGCCUUCCUGGAUCAGGUCUUUCAUUUGAAGCCUGGUUUAUCUCUCAGGAGUACUUUCCUUGCACAGUUUCUGCUCGUCCUUCACAGAAAAGCUUUGACGCUAAUAAAAUAUAUAGAAGAUGACACUUUUAUUGAUGCUGGUGAAGGGGAGCAGCGUUUGCCAUUCUAAAAUAGGCCUUUGGGAUAUUGGUUAUUUUAAUCUGGUUAUUUUUAAGAAAUAAAGGACUCAAAAGAACCUUGACUUUCUCCCAACUGCCUAAAAACAUUUAGCUGGACGACCUGCACCAGGAAGGGAGAUACCAUCACAAUUAACUGUAGUUUAAUAUGAACUAAGUCUGAUAAGCCAGAAGGAACCGAGCAAGGCCCUUUGGAUUCAAGUCUGUGCCGCACAGUUAAAGAUGGCCCAGCAAACAGUUAUUUACCAAGCAUUUGCUUUUCCCUAUUUUGGUAUAUUGCUUUCCUGCCCUCUGAAGUCCAAGCCACACCCCACCUCCUCUCUUCUUAGUUCAAGAUGACUUGUAAGCCUUAACUGCCUGAUAAGUCUUGGGAUCUCAUAUUCUUAUGGGAUGCCCAUAUGUACAUGCAUAAUAAAUUUGGUCACUUUCUCCUGUUAAUCUGUCUCAUGUUAAUUUGGGUAUUAGUCCAACCAGAAGAAUUUAAAAAUUAGAAAAGUCUUCCUGCUUAACUACCAGGAUUGCAUUUUGAUGUUUUAAGUGUAUACAUUAAUAUUUCAAAUGUAAGAUAAUGAUUGGGUAAAUACAUUUUAAAAUUCCUGUUAUGAUAUUGAUUUAACAGGUGUUACAGGAUUAUAUUGAUGUAACAGGAUUACAGGGUUAUAGGAAAUGAUAUACCACUUGUCAUAUACAAUAAGUAUAUAGUAUAAGAACCUUAUAAUAGUAUACUUACAUUUCUUCCUCAUCUGUGUGCUAUUGUGACCUCACAUUUUCCUUCUGCAUUUAUUAUAAGCUCCACACUUUAUUUUUAUUUUUUGUGUAAGCAGUCAAUUAUCUCCUUAAAGGAAUUUAAAUAGAAGUAUCCUAAAUAUACCAAUGAAAAGGCAGAAAUUGUCAGAUUGGAUAAAAAACAAUAUCCAACUAUAUGCUGUAAACAAGAAACUCAUGAAGGACAAAGAUUAAAAGUGAUAGGAUGGAAAAAGAUAUACCACACUAACACUAAUCAAAAGAAAGCUAGAGUGACUAUUAUUAAUAUCAGGCAGAGUAGAUUUCAGAACAAAGAAUAUUACCAGCAACAAAAGAUAAUUUUAUAAUGCCAAACAUCUUGCUGACAUUCAGUAAGAGGACAUAACAGUCCUAAGUCCUUGUUUACCUAACUACUACUUCAAAAAUGCACGAAGCAAAAACUAAUAGAACUGUAAGGAGAAACAGACACUCUACAAUUAAUAUGUAGAGAUUUGAAUACCCCUCUGUCAAUGUUUGAUAGAACAAGAAAACACAAAAUGGGGAUAUAGAAGACUUGAACAAGACCAAAAACCAACUUGAUGUGACAUUGUAGCACACACCAGUGCCUAACAGUAAUAGAUUACACAUUUACACAAUGAACAUAUUCGGAGCCAUAAAUCAAGUCUCAAUAAACUUAAAAGGAUUCAAGUUAUACAAAGUGUAAUCUCUGAUCACAUGGAAUUAAAUUAGCAAUGAAUAAUAGAUAUCCAGGGAGACCUCAAAUAGUUGGAAACCAGCACUUUUAAAAGAUGAGAUAAUUUCUAAAUUGUGUGUUGGGGGCUAAGAGGAAUGGAUUGCAAUCACAAAGGAAAGAAUCGGUAUUGCGGGAUGAUUUUUAUGAGGAGUGGAAGGAACUCAUCCUUCCUUUGAUGUCUGCCCCCGACAACCCAUUAUUCACAUGGAUUGGAACAGCACGAUCCUUGUAAAAUUAAAUCUGAUGGUCGCUUCUGUUUAAUGGCUCUGUAUCAUUUAUGAUCGUAAAUCCGAAAUCUUUGCAACCGUUUCUGGUCAUCCCAGUGACCUCGCUGUCUCACUCUCACUUCCUAGCACUUCCUCUUUUGUUGCAUCUGUUCCUGAUGCCUGUGCUUCUCUGUCUCCACCGGGAGGCUUGAGUGCAUCCACGUCCCUUUCACUUUUGUGUUUCUGCCUAG